CUCUCCUGGCUGCUAGGGUUUUUUCAUCUCUGGAGAACUGAGCUUUCUUUUUUUUUUGAGCGGAGGAGAACUGAGCUCUGACUGCAGAGCUGAUAAAUUACAAGUUCACCACCUAGAUCUCAAAAUUGGAGCCCAAAUUCCACGUUUCUCUUCCAAAGGACCUUUUUCUUUUUCCUCUUUUUUGAGCGGCCAAAGGACCUUUUUCUAACCUUAACCGGUUAACCCAAGGUCCCUAGCCCAUCCCGCCAUCCAUACAGAGGAAGUGAUUAGGCCCAGUAGCCCACUUCUCCGGUGCCUGUUGCGCCGCCGGGCCGUCUCCCGCCGUCCCGCGAAAUCGAAACAAACCACCAGUCCACCCUCAGGCAUCAGCCGCGGCCAACGGCGAAGUCCAGAACACCGCUCGCCUCAACGCAGUGCCGCACGGCCAUGCCGGCAUGGUGCACCUCGCGCCGCCGUCCCUCCCUACCGCGCGGCUUCACGCUCCGGCCGCGCCACCGCUUCCCGGCACGCUGCCGCUAGCCCUCCUCCCGCCCCCCACGCUCGCCUCACUCCUCCUCGCCGCCGUCGACUCCUCCCCGUCCCUCCGCCACCUCCGUCAUCUCCACGCGCUGCUCAUCCGCCUGCCGCUCCCGCCCCGCUCUCUCCCAUUCAUCCUCUCCCGCCUCCUCCGCCGCCUAGCCGCCCUCCCGCCCCCGCACGCGCCGCUCCCGUACGCGCUCUCCGUCUUCGCCGCUCUCUCUCCCCCGGACCCCUUCCUCGCCGCCGCUCUUCUCCGCUUCGCGCUCCUCACGCAGCCGCCGCUCAGCCCGUUCCACCUCUUCUCCCGCAUCCUCCGCACCGCCCGCGGCGGCGAGCUUCCCUUCCUCCCAUUCGCUUUCUCCCCACUCGCCAAGUCCGCCGCGGCAGCCCGCUCCCUCCCCGCCGCCCAGGCCGCCCACGCGGUCUCGUUCCUCGUCGGUGGGUUUGAUAAGCACCGGUUUGUCGAGAACUCGCUGAUCGGUGCUUACAUUGCCUGUGGUGACGUCGGCGCUGCACGGAAAGUGUUUGAUGAAAUGGUGGUUAAGGAUGUGAUUUGCUGGACAAGUAUUGUGGUGGCAUAUUCCAGGAGCAGGGAUAUGGGGUCCGCAGAGGAGGUGUUUGGGCAGUGCCCGGUGAAGGAUAUGGUGGCAUGGACAGCCAUGGUGACUGGGUAUGCUCAAAAUGCCAUGCCUAUGAAGGCGUUGGAAGUGUUUGAUCGGAUGACCGCACUCGGCAUAGGCAUUGAUGAGGUCUCGUUGACGGGUGCAAUCUCAGCAUGUGCUCAGCUUGGUGCGGUGAAGCGUGCUGCCUGGGUUCAGGAGAUCGCAGAGAUGAAUGGUUUUGGGAUGAAUGUGGUUGUCGGGUCAGGGUUGGUGGAUAUGUAUGCCAAGUGUGGGCUUAUUGAUGAAGCAUGUAAGGUUUUUGAUGGGAUGCAGGAGAAGAACGUGUACACAUAUAGCUCAAUGGUUGUUGGUCUCGCUUCUCAUGGGAGGGCUAGAGAGGCAAUUGCUUUGUUCAAGGACAUGGUUAGGAGGGCCGAUGUGGCUCCAAACCAUGUGACCUUUAUAGGGGUAUUGACAGCUUGUAGCCAUGCAGGGAUGGUGACAGAUGGGCGCUACUACUUUGCACAGAUGAAGGACAAAUAUGGGAUAUUACCAUCUGCAGAUCACUAUACCUGUAUGGUCGAUUUGCUUGGUCGGGCAGGAUUGGUGGAUGAAGCUCUUGAUCUUGUGAGGUCGAUGACUGUGGAGCCUCAUGGUGGUGUGUGGGGAGCACUGCUUGGUGCUUGUCGUAUCCAUGGGAAAACUGAAGUUGCGAAGGUAGCAGCUGAACAUCUUUUUAAGCUUGAACCAGAGGGUAUAGGGAACUAUGUGCUGUUAUCGAAUACACUUGCGGCAGCAGGAAAGUGGGAUGAAGUCUCAAAGGUUCGGAAAGUAAUGAGAAGCCGGAGGCUGAAAAAGGUUCCUGCAGUCAGCUGGUUUGAAGGGAGAGAUGGGUUGGUCCAUCAGUUCUUUGCUGGUGAUAAUUCUCACCCAAGGACCCGUGAAAUAAAGAAGGCAUUAUUGGAGCUAGUGGCAAAGUUGAAGCAUGCUGGUUAUGUGCCAAUCCUCAGUUCAAUUGUUUAUGAUGUGAGCAAUGAAGAGAAAGAAAGGCUGCUAAUGGGUCACAGUGAAAAGCUUGCUCUGUUAUUUGGAUUGCUCACGCUUGGAUCUAGAUGUACAAUUAGGAUAGUAAAAAAUCUAAGGAUCUGUGAUGACUGCCAUUUGUUUAUACGACUGGUGUCAAGAUUUGAGCCUGUUGAGAUUAUAGUCAGGGACAAUAUGAGAUUCCAUCAUUUCAAAGAUGGAGAAUGCUCCUGUGGUGGAUUCUGGUGAAAGCAUAAAAACAAAAGUUCAAUCAAAAUUGGGAAAAUAGGAACUUGAUGACUGAUGAAACCUGGAGCAACUUGUUUAUUUGACAUGUUUCUUGAGCAUUUGGCACUCA